UUAAAUUGUGAUGACAAAAAAAAGUUAAUUAUCAUUAACUUAACUAAAGGAAAAGCGAAAUCUUAACCAUUUGAACAAAUUCAGAUCAAUAAUCAAAUCUGAUUACAACUCGUGACUUGAAUUGUGAUCAAUGAUAAAGCAUAAGCAGAUUCUAAUUAACAGGAGAAACUACAAUUAACUAAAUUGGUCAUUCGAUUGUUAAUGAAAAUCUUUAAUUGUCCUUGAUUGAAUUUCGCCACCUGUUGAAUAAAAGAGUAACCAUAAAGAAAAAUAUCAAACAGCUGAUAAGUUUAUUUCUUUCUGACUCUUCAAUUGUAUUUCUGUUGAUAAUUUGAUUUAAUUUUGGUUUUCGAUUUAUAAUCAUCAUGUCUUCAAGUGAUUCCAGUGACAAUGAACCAACUAAACCAGGAACUUCCUCACCACCACCGUCCACAACUUCAUCUUCAUUUCUUGCUGAAUUGGAAAAUGAAUUCAAGGAUCGAUACACUGAUAAAGAUAAAAGUUAUGUCGCUCAAUUCAAUCGGGAAUUAGCUAAACCACCAUGUUUCCAUCCAUGGAACACAAGGAAUCCGAGACAAUUCAAUCAUAAUCGUAAUAGUAAUUAAUUGUUACAUCUUGAAAUCCAUUGAUUGUCAAUCAAUUACUCUUUCAUUGUAACCACCAUGCGAUUCAACUAUAGACUUUGGUAUUAAAUUUUGUCUAUUUUUCUGAUAAAAAUUAUUUCAAAAAUUAUUUCCAUUGAUCUGAUGAUUAAGACGAUAAUCACUUAACCAAAAGAUUAUCGGAUUAUAAUCAUGAUGAUUGUUAUUGUUUGUCGAUUGUUAUAAUUAUAUCUCAAGUAUCCAUGUUACCAACAAUUCUAAUUGUCAUUAACUUUCGUUGAUUGUUUUCAAUAAUCUAAACAAAGAAAUAAGAACUGAUAAGAUUAGUUUAUCUUUAAUUGUUAAUGAGAGGAAAACAAUUAGUAAAUUGUUUCUGUUAAGAUCGUUAACUUGAAGUAAUUGCAAUGAUGUUAAAUUUUCUUAAACUUUUGUUGAUCAACUCAAUCAUUUUCUCAUGUAAUUGUAAAUACAUUUCUCUAAAUUCAAAUGAUUGGACUCUUAAUGAUAAUCUAAAUCUAUAUACAAUUAGCAAUGUUACAGUUCCCGGUGGUUUAUACACUGAUUUACAAUCAGCUGGUUUAAUUGUUGAUCCACUUUACGAUAAUAAUGAUAUUAAUUAUCGUAAUUUCUCAAAACUUGAUUGGUCUUGGACUAGACAAUUCAAAGUUGAAGCUGAGGAUUUGAAACAAUCGAAUGAAAUUUAUUUAAUUGUCAACGGAGUUGAUACAAUUUCAAGAAUCUACAUCAAUGGUCACUACAUUGGUCAAACAUCAAACAUGUUCAUCAAGUAUUCCUUCAAUAUUAAUGGUCACCUUUAUGAAGGAGAUAAUUUAAUUACCAUCGCAAUAGAAUCAGCUGUUAGUUAUGCCAAAGGUCAAUCUGACGAUUACAAAGGUCAGCAUAAUUAUACAAUUGUACCUGAGUGUUGGCCUGAUGUUUACCAUGGUGAAUGUCAUUCCAAUUUCAUCAGGAAAAUGGCGGCUUCGUUUAGUUGGGACUGGGGACCCGCUUUUCCGGGUUCAGGUAUUUGGUUACCGAUUGGAAUUGAAAUUGUCCAAUCACCCGUUCAGCUUGACAGCUUUUGGACCUCAAUUGGUGAGUCGAUUGAUAGCCAGGAGUGGAUCUUGAACUUAACUCUAACCAUUUUGAGGCCAAUUGACGAGCGUGAGGUCUCCGUUGUGGUGAAACUUUCAACUGACCAGGAACUUGAUGGUAAAUACGAGAGAGAACUAACAAUUUACUCUGGGCUUUUUGGAUUAGAUUCGAGUCGAUCAAAUUAUCCUCUUCCAACAAUUAAAGUGACCUCAUCUCGUGUUGCUCUUUGGUGGCCCAACGGGAUGAAAAUUUACUCAAACAGUACAAUAAUUGACCGACCUCGGGCACUUUACAAUCUAACGGUGACCAUUCAAUCAUCUGAGGCUGAUGUUCAAAGUAAAAGUAAACAAAUAGGCUUCCGUCGGAUUAGAUUGAUUCAAGAGAAACCGGAAGCGGGAAAAAUCCUCCGUCCUAAUGGAAAGUAUGAUAAGGCCACUUUACCAGGUCUUUCGUUUCGAUUUGAGGUAAAUGGAGUCCCAUUAUUCAUCAAAGGGACCAAUGUAAUUCCUACAUCGAUUUUCCCUGAAAAUGAGUCUCGAGAUAAAGAUUAUGUCCAUCGGUUACUCUCAACGGUCAGUUAUUCAUCUAUGAAUAUGAUUCGUAUCUGGGGAGGAGGAAUCUAUCAGACCGAUUAUUUUUACGAUCUUGCCGAUCAACUGGGAAUCCUCAUUUGGCAAGAUUUUAUGUUCGCUUGUAUGACUUAUCCAACUGACCAAAGUUUUCUGGACAACGUUAAAGAUGAAGUGACCCAACAGGUAACCCGAUUGUCCCACCAUCCAUCCAUAGCUCUUUGGUCAGGUAACAAUGAAGACGAAACCGCUAUAGCCACCGGUUGGUGGCCUGAAUUGGCCGCUCAUUUUACCCAAUAUGUUGAUGAUUAUCUGAAACUCAACAGAGACACAAUCAAAGUGACAGUCCAACAACUUGACCCCGGACGUAUAUUUGUCUCAUCUAGUCCCUCGAAUGGCGAUGAAACGGAAGCCGAAGGUGGCCUAGCAGUUAAUCCCGGUGAUUAUCUGUUUGGUGAUGUUCAUUUCUAUUCCUAUGAUGUUGAUGCUUGGAAUCAAAGUAAAUAUCCUGAGGCAAGAUUCAUAUCAGAAUAUGGUUUCGAAUCAUAUUCAUCACUAUCAUCCUAUGCUAAGGUCAUUCCAAUGGAUAAAUUGGUUUACCCGCUGACCGAUUCAUUAGAAUCACGACAACAUCAUCCAAAUGGUACACUAGAAAUGGAGGCAAUGAUCGCUAAUUACUUUAAAUUACCAAGCGAAAAGGGAAACUUAAUUGCUCUUAGAAAAAUGAUUUAUCUAUCUCAAUGUCUCCAGGCGAUUGCUGUUAAAUUGGAGACUCAAGUUUAUCUAAGGAAUCGUAAAGUUGAUCAAUUUACUGGAACUAAAUUAACCUGGGGAGCCAUGUAUUGGAUGCUCAAUGAUAUUUGGGUGUCCACCUCAUGGUCAAGCCUUGAAUUUGGUGGAAAAUGGAAAAUGCUUCAAUAUUAUAUAAGAAAAAUAUUCAAUCCAAUCCAUGGUCAAAUCUAUUUAACCAAUGAUCAUAAUAACGGCAAUCAGUUGAUUGAAACAGUGAUUAACAAUGAUUUUACUGGUACAGUUAAAUUAAGAGUAACAAUUAAUGUCCAUCAACUUGAUUCAUUUGAAUUCACUUCAAUCGUUUCCGGGAUUCACCAAAUUGAAAGUUACGAUGCUAAACUGAUCUAUUCGUUGGAUGUUAAUCAAUCGAUUAUUAGAUCAAAAGUUUGUCCGGAUAUCAGCAAUUGUUUGAUUCGAUUGACGUUUGAUUUGAUUUGUUCAGAUGAUUCAGUUAAUUGUGAUCAUUCUGAUGAUGAUUCUGUAUUCUUGGUUAAACCAAAUGAAUUACAAUUAUCUCAAAGCAGUAAUUUACAAAUUGCGAGCAUUGUUCAAGUUGAUUAUCAAUCUGGUUCGAGUAUUUUUGGAAAUGGUAAAUCAAAUUGUUUCAAAAUUCAUCUAAUUGCUGAUUAUCCUGUUCUAUUUGUUUGGAUUGAUUUUAAAAUGGAUUCAAUUGUUGAUGGAGUUUUCUCACAAAAUGGUUUCCAUUUAUUUGAACCAGAAAUUGACAUUUAUUUGCAAGCGAGCAAUCAACUAAUUACUGUUGACGAUGUUUACAAUUCCCUAAUUGUCACUCAUUUAGCCGAAAACAUGUAAACGACAACAAUUUAAAUUAAAAGAGAAAAUAUCAAA